ACCAACGGUGCUGAUAAACCUCAACUCCUUUCCAAUCCCUCAAUCUCAGUCGUCGUCUCCUUCCUCACUUCUCAACCCUACGAUCCUUCCUCUCGCUCUCGCGCCCAAAUUACAAAAUUCGACGAAUCCCCUUGCAGAUUCAUGGCGGACGGGCACUCGUCGGGGAGCCCCAUCUGUGGCAGCCACGACAGCGGAGGCGAUCAAAGCCCGCGUUGCGGAGUCCGUGAGCAGGAUAGGUUUCUUCCUAUUGCGAAUAUCAGCAGGAUCAUGAAGAAGGGACUUCCCGCCAAUGGGAAGAUUGCUAAGGAUGCCAAGGAGACUGUGCAGGAAUGUGUUUCCGAGUUUAUUAGCUUCAUCACCAGCGAGGCAAGUGACAAGUGCCAGAGAGAAAAAAGGAAGACAAUCAAUGGGGAUGAUUUGCUAUGGGCUAUGGCAACUUUAGGAUUUGAAGACUACAUUGAUCCUCUUAAGGUGUACCUGAACAGGUACAGAGAGAUGGAGGGUGAUACCAAGGGAUCAGCCAAAGGUACAGAUGGAUCUGCAAAGAAAGAUGGAUUACAGCAGCAAAUUCCGACUUCUCAGUUUCCAAAGCUUCUUCACCAGGGUUCUUUUUCACAAGGCGUGAAUUACAUAAAUGCUCAGCAACAAGCUCAACACAUGAUGGUCCCGAUGCGAGGCAUGGACUAGAAAUGGAUUGUCACCUUCGGCCAAAUUAAAACCCCUGUGCUGUUAAAGAUUUAUGUCUGUUGUAUGCUGGUUUCACAUUACUGCAAAGCUGUAUUUAGUUUUAGAUGUUGUAGCCGUCGGAGUCUGUAAAUUUCUAGCUUCACAGUUUCGAGAGUCCUAUCCAUCUAAAGUUUCUAUUCAAUUAGGUUUGUAUCCAUCUAAAGUUUCAUCUUUACUAUUGAUCGUGGGAGGUUUCGAUA